AUGUACUUGCUGCUGAUGUUUUUGUUCCUCCCUGAGACGAGUUUCGGGACGAAGUGCGGCGGAUUCCUGACCUCCCCCAGAGGCGUCAUCAGCACCCCGAACUUCCCCAAUCUCUUCGACACGCCGAUCCACUGCAAGUGGACGAUCGACAACCAGAACUUCCCCGAGAGCUGGAUCGCCGUCUACCUGACCCAGGUCUACGUCACCGAAGGGCUCACCUUCACCGAAAAUUACUCCAACUACGUGAAGAAAGUGAUCUACAAGGCCAAAGAGGAGAACAUCGAUACCAAUUACCAUGUGCUUUCUAACAGCGAGCAGUUGGAAAUCACCUUGGAUUUGGUUAAUACAGAAGGAACUCAUCUGAGAGUUCUGGAUCAUCUUCUCGAUGUUUACGGGUUUAAUAUCACGUACGAGAUCACCGAAUUGGAGUACGUGAGGAACGAGUCGUGCACUGCGUGGAGGUGCGGAUUCAACGGUCACUGUUACGACCAUUUCAC